AUGGAACUCGUUCAAAAACUAAGCAGAGCAUUAUUGGCCGCCGAUCAAGUGGAAAUCGGGCCUUCGGAGCUGCCAGAAGAAGUGCCGACGGACGACACAUUCAAGCCGUUUCAACUGGUGGAGGACAAGAACAUCACGACCGCCUGUGUGCCCAAAAAAGAGAUGGUAACGGCGGCUUUGGUGGCUCAGAAGACAUUUAGAAGCGCCAUUGAUGCAUCGCCAGCGUCGGAAGCAGUGCUAGAUCUCUCCAAUGUGCUUCUUUUGGCUGCUUAUGAACACCAUUCGGCUACCAAUAUUCGCCACAAGCUGGUGGAGCAGGGCCUUCAGAGUGAGGGGGCCGAACUGCGGUUUCUGGAUCUGCUGCUCACGUCUAAACUCAAGAAACAGAGCAAGAGCCCGACACUGUGGAACUACCGACGUGGGUUUGUCAAGUCGGCCUCGAUGGACCUGUUUACCCCAAAAGAACUCUUCAAAGAAGUCAAUUACCUCGAAAAAAUCAACGCGCUGCUUGGGAAGCACUACUACGAUACCACUGGCCUGGGUCCGUUUCUGGAACACGAGUUUGACGUCAUUCUAAGAUCAGCUCAGGUACACAAACACAACUAUUAUGCAUGGGGAUACGCCAGAUGGGUGACUGAUUUGGUCGUGAAGGAAAAUAAGGAGCUUUUCAAGAAACUGCUGUCUCUGAUGCUGCUGUGGGUUUCGAAGCAUCCCUCGGAUACUUCCGGAUGGUCGUUCUUCACGUAUUUGAGUCUGAAACUCGACGAAAAGGACAGAAGGGCGGUAUUGGACACCCUCCGGGUGGUCCAGAAUGACUUUGUUGGUUCAGAGACCUUCUAUGUGUGUCUGAGAACCUUGCUGACCUCUGUAUCGCAGGAAGCGGCGCAAGAAUGGCUAACGCAACUCGAUGAGGGUCCUGAGAAGGAGGAAGAGGGAAAGACGCUAGGAGCUGCAAACACCCUUCAAUCUCUGAUGAAAGCCACAAAAGAAAGGGAUGCUUAUCUGAAGAAGCAGGCUCUCAACUUUUUCUACAGGAGGGAGCCUAGAGUUGAAGUGUGA